AUGGGCGCUCAAUUGGAGUCAACUGACGCGAAGAACAAACUCGAGGACCUCUCGGGCAUCACCAUCUUGCCAGGCCAGAACCCUUAUGAGGCCCUCAUCAAGGCUUGUGAGGAUGAUCAUGCCGAGAUCCAAUCUCUCUACUCGGCCCAUAGAACAAAGAGAAACCAACAGCAGAAGGAAAAGUUCCUCUCCAGCGAAUACAAGGAGCUGGUCAUUGACCCUUUCCUGCUGAGGCUGGAACGUCCCGAGAUCGAACCGGGCUUCCAAGACCCUCGGAACUGCCUCGUAUUCUGGUCUCGCCCGCCUGACAACAUUGUUCGGUUGUCGGUCCAGAUCCAGAACCUGCUGAAGAAGGUCGCUCCAAACAUCUGGCUCAUGCCACAACACCGAAUGCACAUGACGGUCCUGGAGCUCGCUCACUCCAAGACACCCGAGCAGAUUGCGUCCCUCGUCACGACGAUGCGUUCCGCCAUCCCCUACAUGACAAGCUUCACCUACUCUCACCGUGCUCGCCUCGUGAAACCCAUGAUUUCAUAUGACCUCUCGGCCUUUGCCGUCUCUUUCCUGCCCGCCUCUGGCGAAAAGCGCCGCGCACAGAUUGCCGCCCAGGCGGACCAGCGUGUUGUCGAGGGCGAUCAGUACACCUACCACCACCUUCGCCGCGACGUCUUCAACCUGGCGCAGUCGACAGGCGUUGAGGUUGAGUCUCGCUAUCAGGUACCGAGCGCGCACAUCACUCUGGGUCGAUAUCUCGGCGAAGAGGACCAUCACACGCCGGAGCUGCGGAAGCGUUGGGUCGAGGCUAUUGACGAGAUCAAUCAGUGGCUCGCGAAUGAGGUCUGGGAUGUCGAGAGCGGCGAGUGGUCAGGCGAGUGGUCGGUUGGUGAGGAGCGAGGUCUCGAUGCUCGCUGUGGUAGGCUGUGGUAUGGUGGUGGAAGAACCAUCAACCUUGGCGAGGGCUUCUGA